AUGUCGUCAGAUAUUGUUGGUGAGAUUGCAACGAAUCUAAGUGAGCCAGUGUUAGAUAAAAUAAAGGAGGUUUACAAUUACAUCCGACGGUAUAAGUGCAGCAAAUAUGCUAAAGAUAAAGCCACAUUACUCCAUGAUCAAAGUGAUAAAGUUCCUAAAGAUGCAGUGACUCGACCUCUAUUUGUUGAAGAGGUCAAAUCUUUUAUUGAUGGGUAUAAGAAUUGUGGCUUGCAAUCCAGAAAGCAGGUUAUGGAUAAUGUGAUUGGGAAGUUACAAGAUGCUCAAGUUAAGUAUAUUGCUAUAUAUGGCGAGGAGAAUGUAGGCAAAACAAGGUUGAUGGAUGAAAUAACCAGAAAAUUCGGGUGGUCUGGUACAGAAGAUUAUCGUUGUUUUAAACAUCCGAUCAAUGUAGGAAGAAAAAGUAUUAAAGACAUUGAAAUUAAUUUCGAGGACAUAAUAAACCUUGUACGACAAAUAAAUUCAACUGAUAUAAAACACAUCGUAUUUUUGGAUGGAAUCUGGGAGAAAUUUGAUCUUCAAAGAACGGGGAUAGCAGAACUUUCAUGUGUCAAGAUUUUGAUGACAAGUAGGGAGAAGAGCUUGUGUAAAGAGAUGGGUGUGGAGGAUUGCAAUAUGUUUGAAUUGGGGCGGUUGAGUGAAGAUGAAGCUAGGAAUUUGUUCUGGUCUAAGGUUUCUUUUAAGGAAAACAUCGUAAUCAGUGAGGAGUAUCUACGCGUUGCGGAUAAAGUGGUGAAUAAGUGUGGAGGUUUACCUCUUCCAGUCGUAACAAUAGCGGCGGUGCUCAGUGGUAAUACUCUGCUAUACUGGGAACGUUUUAUUGAAAAGCUAGAAAGUGGAUCACCUAGUAUUGGUGGGAGUAUCAGUCAGCAACAACUAGUUUGUGGUGGGCAUGAUGAUGAUGAUGAUCAUGAUCAUGAAUACUUGUCUAUUUUGGAAACAAGUUACCUGCUUUUGAGUACCCAAGAAAGAAUGAUGUUUUUGCUUUGUUGUCUCUUUCCCUCGGUUGCAGUCGGUGUACCUGAUCUGAUGAGAUGUGCCAUUGGGUUAGGUUUGAUUCAAUGUGUCGACACUCUUUUGGAAGCUGAAGCGCUAGUUCGUAAAUGGAUUAACAGACUUGUUUCCUCAACUUUUGUCGAAUAUGUUGAUGGCCAGCCCUGGUGUGUCAAGAUUCCUGACCUUGUUCAAAGGUAUGGUGCUUUAAUAUUAGCCAAAGGUGGCAAUAUGGUUAUGGUAGAAGCUUUUCCUCGAUGGUUGUUACCCGAGACUUGCCAAAAGUACUAUGCCAUAUCUCUGAUGUCACAUGCCGAUCAUUCUCGAUUGGAUGGACUCAACUCCGACAAACUUCAAAUUCUGAUAUUAGAUAGGAGCCAACCUCGUGAUCGAUUUUCAGAUGGUUUCUUUCAAGGGAUGACAAAUCUUAAGGUUUUGGUAUUCAAAGGAAUGAAGUUUACACCAGGGUUGCCGAAUUCCAUAAGAAAAUUGAAGAGGAGUCUUAGAACGUUGCUCUUGGUGGAGUGUGAGUUGGGAAAUAUUACAGUAAUUGGUGAGUUGACCAAUCUUGUUGUUCUUAGUUUGAGUUUAUCAAGUGUGGAGGAAAUACCAGAGGGAGGAAUAGCAGCUAAUGUCCUAUCUAAGCUCUCUCUGUUGGAAGGACUUUAUGCUCUUAUACGUGGUGGGCCAUGGAGAUAUAUGAAUGAUGAUUCUAAAAAGGGUGAAUAUUCAUAUUAUGCCCGCAUUGCUGAGUUGAAAUAUUUGAGCUUCCUAAAAGUACUUGAGUUACGUGUGGAAUUCAAUGAUUGGGCAAUUGAUGAUGAUCAACUCCAAUUUCUCAAUAAUCUCGAUCACUUUUUUAUAUCUUUUGGACAAUUUGGUUGGGCGCAAAUUCCAACGAUUGGGCGUAAAUACCCUCGUGGAUUACUUUUCAAUUCCAACGAUUCUUGGUCAUCAAUUGUAAAAGAUAAUGGAGUAAGAGUAUUACUCGAGAAGACUCAAUCUUUAUGGGUAGUUCAUAUGGAGCUCCAACAUAUUAACGAUGACAUCCAGCAACAAGAAGAAGACGAAACCAAAAUGCAGUUGAGUAUUAUUCACUUUCCCAAUUUGAUAGAGCUGUACGUUGAUUUAUGCCCAAAGAUACAGUCUCUCUCAUCUACACCUUUCAAGGCACCCAACUUGACUCAUUUAUAUGUGAGUGAUUGCGAUAAUAUGAAAUACAUAUUCAUGGAGCAUGAUGCUGAUCAUCAACUGAAUAAUGCACAAGGAGAUCCACAUACAACUGUUACAUUUCCUCGUUUGCAACAAAUGUCCCUACGAGGUCUUCCGAAAUUGGAAAGUGUAACAGGUUUAAUCAAACGGGGUUCUGCCACCACUAAUGAUGAUCAUCAACCUGGACAUCAUAUUCUUUUCAAAAAUCAUAAGACAAUAUUCCCAUCGCUGGAACACUUGGAAUUGGAAUGGUGUGAUAAAAUUGUACAAUUGUGGGAAGUGAAUUGUAAGGAGAUGAGUUACUAUUCCAGCUUUAACAAUUUGCAAUUCUUAUACAUCGGGGAAUGUAACAAACUUGAAACUUUGGGAUCCCUCUCCAUAGCAACUGCACUUGUACAACUACAAAAAUUACACAUACGCAACUGUCCACUUCUAAGGGAAGUCAUAAGUUCGGAGGAAAUAGAGGCUCCAACAUUUGGUGAUAAAAUCCUUCCAUCCCUUCAAAGUGUUGAGCUAGAUGACUGCCCUGAAUUGAAGGUGUUCAUAUCAGGAGGAAAGCAUAACGAUGAAUUUCUCAAGUUGUCAUCUUUUCAUCAACUUCAAAUUAAAGAUUGUCCAAAAAUGGUUUCUUUCUCAUUUGAACCUUCUUUCAAGACUCCCAAAUUAAAUAAAGUAAUACUUGAUUCAAGCGAGUUUUCCAAGGAUGAGAUUAAAGACGACAUUUAUUCCUUUCUUCAAAGUCACAACAAGCCCAAGGUAAUCUACUCUGCUCACCUUGGAUGGAGUGAUAUUUUUGGGGUCUAA